AAGUAAAUUGUGACUGAGAUGUCCCUCUCUGCCUUUUCAGAUCCUGGCACUUGUAGCAGUCAGAAAAGCCAUGGACUACCUCUUCUCCCAGCAUGACUUAAGCUUUCUUGACGACGUCAUUCCAGAAAAGGACAAGAAAAAGAAAGAGGACGAGAAGAAGAAGAAGAAAAAGAAGGGCAGUGUGGACAGUGACAAUGAUGAUUCUGACUGCCCCUACUCAGAAAAAGUCCCAAGUAUUAAAAUACCAAUGGACAUCAUGGAGCAGGAACCUUUCCUAAGUGGUAGCAAACCUGCUGACAGAGAAAAAUCACCAACAUUCCUUGAACGCCAUACGUCGUGCUGAUACAAUUCCUUUCCUUCAAUCACACACCAUGCCAAGCCCUCCACGAACUCCAGUAAAAGUUGUGCCUCAAAUUAGAAUAGACCUUGAGCCUGAAGACAAUGGUUAUUUCUGGAGGAGCAAGGGAACAGAAACUACUUUGUAAUGUGUCUGUCUGUCAAAUCUUCUAUGGAUUUUGUUUUGUCACUAGCCAAACAUUAAAAUGCUCUCCACUCCCCACUGCAUAGGUAUUGAGACAUCCCACGCUGCCCCUCCACCCUUGCCC